GUUGCCGAGCAAAACAAAUUUAUGCUAUGGCGAGCUCAGAUGCAAGCACGUCGUCGGGAAGCGAGUACCAAGUGUUCCUAAGCUUUAGAGGACACGACACUCGCGUCGGAUUCACCGACUUCCUCUUCCACAGCUUGAUUGAUGCUGGAGUACGUGUCUUUCGAGAUGAUGAAGAGCUCCGUGUCGGCGAAAGGAUCGAUGGAUCGCUCCAGCGAGCGAUCGACAACUCCAGGAUCUACAUACCUGUCUUCUCUGGGACCUACGCUUCGAGCCAAUGGUGCCUCCGCGAGCUCACGCAGAUCGUGGCAAAUACUUCCAAAUCGGAAGGUAAAAAAGAGAUCCUACCUAUUUUCUUCGAUGUGGAACCUGAUGAUGUUAAGCUGAAAACUCCUUUGUAUCGCGAUGCCAUACUAAAUUUGGAGUGCGAGAAGAAGUUGAGCAAUGAGCAAGUAGAUGCAUGGAGAGAGGCUCUCAUGGAGGUUGAUGCUAUAAAGGGGUGGGAAGUGAAGCAGUACAAAGGCUACGGUGAUGUGAUUAAAUUGAUCGUUGAGGAGGUCGUGCAAAAGCUGAAGACAAAGCAUAGAUUCGUGACUGAACAUUUAGUUGGAAUUGAUGAUCGAGUUGCAGCACUAGCCGAAUUGUUAGACGUCGGCUCUGGCGGUGUGCGGUUCGUUGGAAUUCAUGGCAUGGGGGGUAUCGGUAAAACGACUCUUGCCAAAGUCGUAUUUAACCAGCUCUCUUCUAAUUUUGGAAAGUCUUGUUGUUUCGUGGAAGAUGUUCGAGCGAAGUCAUUAAGAACCGAUGGCUUAAUUGAGUUACAAAAGAAGUUAUUAUCCCAAAUCGGUCAUCCUACGGAAACAAGAAGCAUUGACGAAAUUGAUUUUGGAACAAAGAGGAUUGAAGAAGUAAUUAGCAACAAAAAAGUCCUCAUUGUACUUGAUGAUGUUGCUAAUUGUGAGCAAGUAGAGAAAUUAGUUGGAAGGAGGACUUUGAAUUCAGGAUGUAGAAUAGUGAUUACAACAAGAAAUAAAGAUGUUCUGCGAAUCAAUAGACCAAACUACCAAAUCUUAGAAUAUGAAAUGGAGGUGAUGAGUAGUGAUCAUGCGCUUGAGCUUUUCAGUAGGCAUGCAUUUAAUAGAGACUCUCCGUCAGAUGAUUACAAGGAUCUUUCGGGGAAAAUCGUAGCUGCUACUGGGAGACUGCCGUUGGCUCUUGAAGUCAUUGGCUCAUUCCUCUUUGACAAAAGGCAACAAAUUUGGAGAGAGACAUUGGAGAAGUUAAGCAAAGCACCUCACGAUGAUGUUUUCGAAAAGCUGAAGAUCAGUUAUGAUGCCUUAAGUUACCAGCAACAACAAAUUUUCCUGGAUAUUGCAUGCUUUUUCAUUGGUGAGCAUAUGAUGUAUGCAAUCUACAUGUGGAAAGAUUGUGACUUUUUUCCAGAUACGGGAGUUGAUUUCCUCAUUAGCAUGUCAUUGGUAAAGAUCGUCAAAAAUACGUUUUUGAUGCACGAUCAACUCGGAGAUCUUGGAAGGGAAAUCGUUUGUCGAGAAAAUCCAAUAAGUCCUGGAGAGCGGAGUAGGAUAUGGAUUGACAAGGAGGUCGUCAUUGCAAUGAGGACAAAGGAGGUGAAGAAGAACGUUCGAGCACUGAAUGUUGACCUAUGCAAAAGUGAUAUUAAGACUAUUAGAAGUGAAGAGAUUGAAAGGUUUGAACAUUUAAGGUACCUCAAAUUAAAUUGGGGAACCUUCCAUGACAAUGCCUUCAUAGAUAAUUCGAAACUACAGAGCUUAAUCAAGAUGGCAAGGAAAUUGAAAGUUCUUUCUCUUAAAGAAUGUCACAACAUAAAGAGAAUGCCGGACUUCUCUGGAUGCCCGAAUUUAGAGAGGCUUAAUUUCAAAGGAUGUUCCAAUUUAAGGAAACUUGAUGGCUCUAUUGGGAUGUUGAAGUCUUUGAUUGAAUUGAAGAUUAGGUCUUGCCAUUCUCUUGUAGAUUUGCCUGAAGAAAUCGGGAACCUAGUGAAUUUGAAGCACUUCUCGGUCGAGGAGUGUCUGGUGAAGAAACUACCAGAUUCCAUAUGGAGGUUGAAAUCAUUAUGUGAGUUGCACUUUGACAACGGCUAUACCGCAGUACGUUCGGCAAAUUCAUGGGAGAUACCUAGUGCAGUAAUGCUUGAGAAUCUAGAAGUGCUUCAAAUCCAUAGUCGCAAUUUAAAAGGUCGACUUCCUUCGGCAAUCGGAAAUUUGCCCUUUCUAAGAGUCCUACGCUUGUUACACACUUGCAUCGGUGAAGUUCCAGAGACAGUUAAUAGGCUUCCUUGCCUGCAAACACUUGAGUUAAUAGAUUGUGAUGAGAUUCAAGAGCUGCCGGCGCUUCCCACAAGUUUAAACAAUCUACGAGUGUCAUCUAAAACAUUGCGGGUAGUCCCGGACCUCUCGAAUCUGACUAAUUUGGUUCUGUUGGACCUUGAUGAUGGCUCUCGUAAAAAACGGGGAGGUAAAAUUUGCACUAGUGAUUUAGUGGGAAUGGGGAAGUUAUCCAAACCGAACAAGUUGAAAUUGGAACUUCUCAAUGUCCCUGCUCCGGCUGAGUUGGCUUCCCUUUCUCAGUUAAAGGAACUUUAUUUGUUUGGUUUGGACUCGCGAAUGCUAACGCAACUUCCAUCGUCUCUGUUAGAGUUAGAGCUGGAUAAGUUCAAUUCAACCGUCUCACUCUCGUCCGGAUUAGAAAACUUGUCAAGUUUAGAGCUUAGAUCGUCUCAAGUGCAAGAAAUUCAACUCGGCGGGCAUCAACUUCACAACUUAACAAAGUUGAUUUUGAGAGGCGGUUAUUGUGAUACCUUGGAGAGACUCGGGCUAUCAAACUUGAGGAAGCUCAAAACCGUGGAGGUAUCAGAUUGCCCAAAGCUUGUUGAGAUCCAAUUUGUUGGGGCGUUUGAAUCAUUGGAGGAAUUUUAUGUCUCGACGUGUGAGUCCUUGGGAGGGUUUGGGUACGCGGGUGAAGUAGAGUCUGCUGAUGAGUUGACCAUGGAGGAAGGGAGAAUAAUUCUUCCGUCCAGGGUAUUAUGUAAGUUGAGACGGUUCCAUCUUGAUCAUUGCCCAAAGAUACUCCAAAUUCAAGUACUCGGUACAUCAGAAUUGUGGGAAGAAUUUUGGGUGUGGGAUUGGGCAUCCGAAACUGCGAUGUUCUACGGGUUGUCGAGGGCCUUGACGAGUUAG